AAGCGGCGCGGCGCCACGCCACAGAGACGCGCACGCACGGAGCACUAGCAGAAGUGGCAGAGAGGAAGAGUAACCUAGCUUGUUGAUUCCGCCGCCAUGGAGAAGGCGCUCGUGGAGCGGCUGGAGGCGGCGGUGGCGCGCCUCGAGGCCGCCGUGGCCUCCGGGGCCUCGCUGUCGGCGGCGCCGCGGGACCUCGGGGACGGGCUGGACGCGGCGGCGGCGGCGUCGGAUCCGGCGAUCGUGGCCUACGACGAGUUCGUCGCCGGGGCCGUCGGCCGCCUCACCGCCGCGGCCGAGAAGAUCGGAGGGAAGGUGCUCGACGCCACCAAGGUCCUCGCCGAGGCCUUCGCCGUCUCCAAGGACCGCCUCGUCCAGGCCAAGCAGCUCCAGAAACCUGCAUCAAUGGCUGAUGCACAAGACUUCUUUAAGCCGCUGAAUGAUGUUAUUGCGAAAGCAAUUGCGAUGACUGAAGGAAGGAGGCCUGACUAUUUCAACCAUAUCAAGAGUGUUGCCGACAGUCUCACUGCUUUGGCGUGGGUUGGCUUCCUAGGAAAGGAUUGUGGCAUGAGUUUCCCUACAGCACAUGUUGAAGAAAGUUGGCAGAUGGCUGAGUUCUACAAUAACAAGGUUCUUGUGGAGUACAGGAACAAAGAUGCUGACCAUGUUGAGUGGGCUAAAGCUUUGAAGGAGCUAUACAUGCCUGGUUUACGGGAUUUUGUUAAGAAACAUUACCCUCUUGGUCCUUCCUGGGGUCCAGUUGGAGGUGCACCUGUAUCCCAACCAAAGGCUACUGCUCCAGCUCCUAAAGCACCAGGGGCUAAGGCUCCCCCUCCACCUGCUCUACCUUCGGCACCCCUUUUUACCACAGAGAAAUCUCCUAAAUCUGCACAGCCUAAAGAAGGAAUGUCAGCUGUCUUUCAGGAGAUUAGUUCAGGCAAAGCUGUGACCACAGGAUUGCGAAAGGUUACUGAUGACAUGAAGACUAAAAACCGGUCUGAUAGAAGUGGUGUUGUUAGCAGCAGCACUGCUGCUCCGGCUGCUGCUCCUGAGAAGACCUCUCGUGCAGGGUCUUUCUCCUUCAAGUCUGGGCCUCCAAAAUUGGAGCUUCAGAUGGGGCGCAAAUGGGUGGUCGAAAAUCAAGUUGGUAAAAAGAACCUUGCAAUCGAUGAUUGUGAUGCUAGACAAUCUGUAUAUGUGUAUGGAUGCAAGGAUUCUGUCCUUCAAGUAAAUGGUAAAGUGAACAAUAUCACUGUUGACAAAUGCACCAAAGUUGGAAUCGUUUUCAAGCAUGUUGUAGCAGCUUUUGAAGUUGUCAAUUGCAAUGGUGUUGAGGUGCAAUGCCAGGGUACAGCACCAACAAUAUCAAUCGACAACACAUCUGGAUGUCAAUUGUACUUAAGCAAUGAUUCACUUGGAGCCUCCAUCACUUCAGCUAAAUCUAGUGAAAUCAAUGUGAUGGUUCCAAGUGGUGCUACUGAUGGUGAUUGGGUGGAACAUGCUUUGCCCCAACAGUACAUCCACAGCUUCAAAGACGGGCAAUUCAUCACCUCACCGGUGUCUCAUUCCGGAGCAUAGCUACAAUCAUACCGGCCUUUCUGGGUUUGUCUGUGCAUUGGUUGUGUGUUGAGAGUUGUAACAGUAUUUGAUGUUUGUUGGAGAUGCUGUUUGGAGUGUUGGAUGGUGCCUACGAUUGCUGUUUCUUCUGCCCUACUCACUGUGUUGGUUGGUGUAUUUGCAUGCCAACAAACUACUGUUGUAUGUUUGAGCUGAUUGAUGAUCAUUCUUUCUGCAUGACUGUCA